AUGAAGGUCAUUGUAACGGGCUGCACUGGACUGGUUGGAGGGGCUUUGCUGCGCGAGUGCAUCACCAACCCCCGCAUCACUCAUGCAUUUGCCCUCACCCGCAAGACUCUACCAGCCGACUUGACCAAUAACGAAAAGAUUACAGUGGUUCAGCAUGACGACUUUAGCUCAUACCCACCUGAACUUUUGCAAAAGCUGGCUGGCGCAGAAGCAUGUCUGUGGGCGAUUGGAGGAACUGUGCGACAGCUUGGAGGAGACCCCGAAUAUUGCCGCAAGGUCAAUGUGGAUUUCACUCUCGCUGCUGCAAAAGCGUUUGUCGAUGGCAAACUCGUUGGCAAUCAGAAUAAAUUCCGAUUUGUCUUUUGUAGUGGAAAGUUUGCAGAGUGGGAUCAGAACAAAUGGUUCCCAUUCUUGGGCGACACUAGACGCAUCAAGGGACUGGUAGAGAAAGGGCUGGUAGAUCUAGCCAAGGCACAUCCGCAGGAGCUUGAGACUUGGUGUGUUCGCCCGGGAGAUAUCUUUCCACCCGAUGCAAACAUUUUUCGUCGAAAUGCAACUGCACUGACUAGUGGGAUCGAGAACCUAAAACUCGCCGCUGCAAUGUCCAAGAUUGCGUUGGACGGACACCAGAAGCAGAUAGUUGAGAUGGAUGAGCUCCCCAGUCUUGCAGAGCGCUGA